AUGAUACAAGUUGGUUUGGAGCAGUUAAUAUUGGAGCCAGGUGAAUUUGAAACCUGGUCGAAUGCCAUCAGGGAACGUACUACGAAUCCGUCGUUCAAAAUUGAUGCGUUGAAAAUAGCGGUUGAAAUGAUUAUUCAGUUGGCAGCUUUUACAUCAUCAUCACAGACAGUACAAUAUAAUUUGGCAAAAUUAUGUUCAUUUUUGUGUCGUGAUCUGCAAACUUUCCAAGAUGAUAUGAUUGCUAGCUUAUUAAGCUUUCAUGAACAGCAAAGAUCCAAUCUGAGUGAUCAACAACGAAAGAAUCUUUUGCUGUUUUUUGCAGAAAUUUAUGAGAAACUAGAGUCG